AUGGCAUUGCUAACAGAACAGGCCAUGCUACCUGUUAAUAUUACAACUGAGAGGCGUCUAAAUCCUGGUGGAAGAAGUGGAAUUGGUGGCUAUAGCACCAGGAGUCUCUCAACCAUAGGUGGAAUCAGAAGAAUUUCUUGCGUUGGAGGCUACCAGAUUGGGGGCUAUGGAGGUCUUGGUGUUGGACAUCACAUUACCUAUGUCAGCAUCAACGAACGCCUCCUAAAACCACUCUGUAUAGGAGUUGACCCUGAGAUCCAGAAAAUACGCACUAAAGAGAAGGAACAGAUGAAAUCUCUCAACAACCAGUUUGCUUGCUUCAUUGAUCAGGUCCGAUGUCUAGAGCAGAAGAACAAGGUGUUGGUAACCAAAUGGAACGUCCUGCAAGAGCAGAUGCCACCUGCUAGGACAGAUCUCGAUUCCCUCUUUGCAAGAUGCAUCUGCGGCCUUCGCAAGCAGCUGGACUUUUUGCAGAAGGAAAAGGAGCAAAUGGAACCACAGCUGCAGAACAUACAGCAGAUCGUAGAGGAGCUUAAAUGCAGGUACGAGGAGGAAAUCAACCGGCGCACGGCUGUAGAGAAUGAUUUUGUUCUGCUUAAGAAGGAUGUAGAUUGUGCUUUCUUGAACAAGGUGGAGCUGGAAGCCAAGGUGGACACAAUGAAGAGGGAGGCUGAAUUCCUGAGGUGUGUACAUAAGGAGGAGGUUGCUUUGCUGGAAAAUCAGAUUCAGUGUCAGGCUUCAGUCAUGGUGCAGAUGGAUAACAAUCGAGAUCUGGACAUGAAUGCCAUCCUCCAGAAUGUUGAAUCCUGGUAUCAGAGCAUUGCACGAAGGAGCAAAGAAGAAGUGAAUACUUUGUACCGAAGCAGAUACCAGGAACUCCAGGACCAAAGAUGCCAAAUUAGCAAUGAUCUGAAGAUCAACAAGCGAGAGAUUGCAGAGCUCAACCGGAUGGUACAGAGACUGCAGUGUGAACUGGAAAAAACCAAGAAGCAGGUUGCAUGUCUACAGUUGGCCAUUUGUGAUUCUGAGCAGCGUGGUGACUGCAGCCUUAAGGAUGCACAAGAGAAAUAUGACGAUCUAUACAGUUCCUUGCACCGAUCUAAAGAUGAGUUGGUAUGCAUGCUACGCAACUAUCAGGAACUUCUGAAUGACAAGCUGGCACUGGAUAUUGAAAUAGCUACCUACAAGUCACUGCUGGAGGGAGAAGAAAACAGGUAUUCCUUGACUAUUUUCCUACAGGAUAUAGAAAAGUUACUGUCACUGUCUAAGCUGUCUAGUUCAAUUGAAUCCAGGACCAGUUAA